CUUGCCCUUAAUGUAAUGUUCUGUUGACACAAACCCCAACAAGCCUCAACUUUACAUACACACCCACGACGCAACUGCACCCCGAUCUUCAUCUUUGCAUGUUUUCGGAGCUCCGGCUCCAUUGAAGGAGCCCUAGCUCACAAUUCAUCUCUAUCUUUGUUUCUGGAUCGCCCCCUUUUCCUUUUUCUAUAUUUUGGAUUCUUAGAUUCCCUUUGUUUUUCGGCGACAACUAAUAAACGAAGAUAUCAAGCAAAUGUCGAAACCCUGGGGUGGCAUCGGCGCUUGGGCCGCCGAAGCCGAGCAGGCCGAGGAGGAGGAGCGAGCAGCCGCUGCUGCCGCCGCCGCCGCAGAGUCCCAGAGCUUCCCGAGUCUAAGGGAAGCCGUCAGCACCAAACCGAAGAAGAAGAAGAUGACUCUUUCUGAGUUUAACAUGGGCAAAUACUCUUCAACCGGCGGAGGUAGGGUUACCGAGCAAAAAGGCUUAACACCAGAAGAAAUGAUGCAGCUCCCUACCGGUCCCAAGCAGCGCUCCCCGGAGGAAAUGCAGUACGGUCGCCUUGGCGGGGGAUUCACCUCCUACAACCGUUCCGGUCCGCCUUCUGGACGGGCGGUGCGCGACCGUGACGAAACGGAAGGCUCGUGGGGCGGAGGCAGGAGGCAGUAUGGCGGAUUUGAUGAUGAACGCAGGGGACCGCCUUCUAGGGUUUCCGAUUUAGAUCAACCCUCGAGGGCGGACGAGGUCGAUAAUUGGGCAAUGGGGAAAAAAUCUCUCCCGUCGUUGGAUCCAGGCCGUCAGAGUCGCUACGGUGGGCUCGGCGGAAGUGGUGGAGUUGGGGGCCUCUCCAGGGCCGAUGAGGUCGAUAAUUGGAAAAUCGGGAAAAAGCCGGUGCCCUCCAGAUCAUCCACUUUCAGUUCUGGUUUUCGCGAUUCGGGCCCUGACACUGAUCGAUGGGCUAGAGGUUCUGGUGGUGUUAGUGGUGGAGGAUUACGGGAGGAGCGUCCGCGUUUGGUGUUGGAUCGUCCAAAGGGUGAUUCUGUGGUGAGUGAGGUUCUGCCGGUGGUGAAGACGAAUAGGCCGAACCCAUUUGGCGAAGCCAGGCCGAGGGAGGAGGUGCUGGCGGGGAAAGGUUUGGACUGGAAGCAGAUAGACUCGGAGAUUGAUGCAAGAAAAACGAGCAGGCCGACAAGUGCCCACUCGAGCAGGCCUUCAAGUGCACAGUCAAGCAGGUCCGACAGCCAGGGGAUGCAGGUAAUGGACAAUGUGGUGAAGCCGAGGCCCAAGGUGAAUCCAUUUGGGGAUGCAAAACCAAGAGAGAUUUUGCUAGAGGAACGGGGUAAGGAUUGGCGCAAGAUUGAUCUUGAAUUAGAGCAUCGCAGUGUUGACAGGCUUGAAACAGAGGAGGAAAAGAUGUUGAAAGAAGAAAUCAAUCGGUUAAGAAAAGAACUUGAGAAAGAACCUCCGAUAAGUAAGGAAUCUCUGCAAGGAUCUGGUGGGGAACAGUCUAGUUUACAUGAUAUAAUACUUGAGAAAGAGAAGGCUCUGGAAAUGUUAAUCAAUGACUUGAAUGACAAAGUUAGGUUUGGUCAGAAAGCCACUGAAAGGCCUGGUUCUGGAGCAGGGAGGGUUGCUGGUUACUCUGACAGACCACCUUCUCAAUCUGGGUCAAUUGAUGAAUCGAGAAGUGCAGAGUUAGUGGAUAGACCUAGAUCGCGUGGCAUGGCUGAUGGGUGGAGAAGGCCUGCUGAUGAUAGAAGAGCCUUUCAGGGUGGCAGGGAACGGGGAUUUCUUGGCAAUAGGGACUUAGACAGGUCAAGGUCGCGAGAAAGAUGGUGAAUGGCUGCUGGUGUGGAUUCAUUUUGUUCUCCUCUCAGCCUUUUGAUGAACAGAAUCAAAUAAUAUUUUGUCUUUUUCUUUGUUAAUGAUUUUAGUUCUCUUAUUUUGGCUCUGGGAAGUGGAGCACGGAUUUGAGUGUCUUGCGAACUAUUGCGUUAAUCUAUUGUCCCAUCUUGAAACCAUGUAAAACUGGAGUAAUUUUUUCCCCUCUCCCUUUUUUAAAGUCUGUUUUGAGGCAAGGAGGCCUGUACUGUUGGUAGGACAAAUUUUAUAAAGAUAGCGGACUAGCUAGUUUUUGACACUUUCUGAUUAUUAUGAGGAUGAACCUCUGUUGAUAAUCGAACUAAAGUUUCAAUCUUUGACCA